AUGGGUAACUCGACUUGUUGUCUCCGGAAUAAUGGUACAGUGCCGAGAGACGAAAAGAACUACGCAUAUGAAGGACAAUACACUAGAAACAAUCAGGUGGAGGUGAUUGGGGAAGAAGACCCAUCCACCCAUCCUACAGCUCGCCCAACAUUUAUGGAACGAAGUAAAAGUGAAAUGAAAUUAAAAGACAAUCGUCGGUCUUGCUACAUGCUCGACGCUGUGGCUGGUGGUGGCAGUUUCCCUGGUGUGCUUCCGAAAAACGAUUCUACAAUUAGUCAACCAAAUCUGAAAAACACAAUCAAGUGUAUAUCAUUGGCUAUAUACUAUCAUAUUGCCAAUCGAAAGAAUCGUUCGCAUGAGAGAUUGAUGGAGAUUUUUGAGGAGCGUCUUCAUCCCAUUACUCUUGUUAUCACAUAUCCCCUUCUUUUUGUUGACUUCUAG